GAUUUGCUCGACGCAGCUCGGAGGUGCGCACCGAGCCAGCGCACUUAGUGCAGUUUUAUUUUUACGUCGCACUGACGUGUGGGUGUCCACAACAAGAGCGGGGGUAUAACAACCCGCCAGACACAACGUGAAGUGCAGGGGUCGUCGGUGCUCAGGUAUCUCUCGCUCUCUCUUUAUUUUUUUCCUUUGCACGUUGUCCUGCUGCAAAAUCUGCCCUCGACUGUGAAACAUGGCAACUGACUGCGAGGCCUGGCUGAACGCGAACCCCGUUGAGGCCGAGGACCUGAGGGACUCUUUCUUAUCUGGUGAUGAAGACAACGGCAAGUCGGUCGUCUCCAACAAAAACAUCGAUAAUGAGAUCAAUGGCAACUGGGUGUCCUCGUCAAGCAACAGCAUCCACGAGGCGCGUCUCAAGGCGAAGGCCAAGCGGAGGCUGAGGAAGAACUCGUCCAGGGACUCUGGCCGGGGCGACUCUCUCAGCGAUAACGGGGACGUGGUCAGGGGAACCUCUGCGCCGCCCUCCAGCCCCAAGAGCAAGCUGCUGGACAGAAAGUCCAGACUGGGAAAGGGCAGGGGCCUGCCAAAGAAAGGUGGAGCUGGAGGCAAAGGUGUCUGGGGCAGAUCCGGUGAAGUAUAUGGGCCGGAGGAUGUGGAUCAGAAAGACCCCAACUAUGAUGAGGCUCAGGAAAACUGUGUGUAUGAGACAGUGGUCCCCCCGCUGGAAGAGAGGGACUUUGAAAAGACCGUCACCCCCAUAGUGCAAGAGUACUUUGAACACGGCGACACAAAUGAAGUAGCCGAGCUACUUGCCGGACUGAACCUGGGGCCCAUGCGCAGUGGGGUUCCCUCACUGGCUGUGUCACUGGCCCUGGAGGCCAAAACCAGCCACCGCGAGCUCACCUCCAGGCUGCUGGCUGACUUGUGUGGACCUGUUCUGUCACACAGCGAAAUGGAAAACUCCUUCGACAAACUUCUCAGAGAGCUGCCCGACUUGGUCCUCGACACACCCGGAGCCCCGCAGUUGGUGGGCCAAUUUAUUGCACGCGCUGUUAGCGACCAAAUAUUGUCCAAGGGCUACAUCGAAGGUUACAAGGGCAGAGUUGACAGUGAAUACACAAGGGCAGCACUGGAUCGGGCUGCAGUGCUGCUGAAGAUGACUAUGGGUGGGCUUCGAAUAGACAACCAGUGGGGGGCAGGCGGGGGCCAGACACCUGUCACACAGCUCAUCAAAGAGAUGAACCUGCUGCUGAAGGAGUACAUCCUGUCUGGAGACAGUAUGGAGGCUGAAAGAUGCCUGAGAGAUCUGGAGGUUCCCCACUUCCACCAUGAGUUUGUUUAUGAGGCGAUAGUGAUGGCUUUGGAGUCCAAAGGGGAGAAAACAUUCAAAAUGGUUCUGAAGCUGCUCAAGUCACUCUCUGUGUCCUCCGUCAUCACUUUGGACCAAAUGAGAAGGGGCUAUGGAAGAGUUUAUAUGGAGAUUGCUGAAAUCAACAUUGACGUCCCCCGUGCAUACUUCAUACUGGAGCAAUUUGUUGAUAAGAGCCUCAGUAUGGAAAUCAUUGAUGUAAAGUUAAGAGAUCUUUGCCCCUGUCGGGGACGGAAGAGAUUUGUCAGCGAGGGAGACGGUGGUGUUGUCAAACUUGAAAGCUACUGAGCAGCCCUUUUUAUGUGCCACAAGAUGGAGACAAUAAAGCUACUUUUUUACUUGCAUAUUUUUCAAGAUAGUUGGGUUCAACUUGUUUUCAUUCUAACAGUCAAAAGAAUGUACAUUUCUGAAAUUGAAGUAGGCAAAAAAACACAAAAAACUGCACUUUCAAUUGAGACUGAAGAUCACCUUCUCAAAGGUGUUUCAAUAUAAACAUUUACAUAAGCUAACCCUUAAAGUGCCACACAUCUGUGUCAGUCAUUCCAUGUUGUUUUGUACAGUAUUUUCUUGAUUUCACUGCCACUUGUGUUUUCUAGAAGAGCAUUGUUUGUACAGAGAUGACUGGUUUGUGUCAAGAGCUUUAUAAGGGGGUAUUAAAAAUAAUUUAAGGGGAGCGCAUCAGUUCAGUAAAAUACUGACUCCCUAACUAGCUGCUCUUUCUAUGAUGUGCUCGUCUUUUCUUUUUUCCCCUUUAAAUAACACAAAGAUGUCAUUACUGAAGGUAUGAAGACAUGAGUACAGUGCAAAAACAAAUAUCAGUUGGGUAACUUCACAAAAUGGUUCUUAAGAGUGUUUAUUUUUAUAUCUCGGCAAUACUGGUUUGUGAAAUGUACCCCAUAUUGCUUCUUGUUUGUUCAUUAAACCACUGUUAAACAA